AUGCCUGCCUCUCCUGGAGUGAUUGUAAUCGGACAACCAUUAACCCCUACACACAGAUUGGCCGAAGGUUUGCAGAACACCCUUCCACAGAACAAGGAAAUUCCCUCCCCGUAAACAGGCAAAGGACAUUCAGCCUUGUGGCCAGGGAGAUCCUGACUCAGUUUCAGGUGUGGCAGAAGGCUUGCUAUAGCAGGAACAUAGAUUGGGGCCCGAUUACAGCGAAGAUCAUAUCUGCACUGCCGCAGUUGUAUGGGCGGGAGGCAGAGGUGAUUGUAAGAUGUACUAAGAUGCUACACAACCGCAGGGAUUACCUUCGAAGGAGGGCAAAGGUGCAUAUUACCAUCCUUAAAAAAGGAGAAAUGCCCUGCAUCUCUAAGUGCACUCGGUGUUGUGACGAGUAUCACUGCCCAUUUUGUGAGACCUGGGUCUACAAGCCAAGAGGGUUAGGGAGCGUUGUUAACCACGUCCAGAAUCAUCUGAAGUUGGCUGUCCAGCUUCAUGAUUUCACUAUUAUCAAGUGUAACUUGAAAUGCAGGGAAAAUGCACAUUUUCAUUGCUGCUACUGCUCUGCCACCAUUCUGCGGAAAGCACAAUUACAGAUUCAUCUCUCAAACUGCAUCCAGAAGUUAAAUGCUGAGGAGGAAUUUGAAGAAAACUGCUCACUUGAUGGAAGUCCUAAACAUGAGUAGUUUUUUUUUGUUAUUUUUGUAUUCUUUUAUUUCAGUUUUUUUCA